AAAGAUUGUUGUUUAUGAGUUCUCUGUCAAAAAAUUGAUGAAAAAAAAGAGGCAUCUUGACGAAGACCUUGUACAAGAUCAUUUUUGUAUGAAUAGAUUAUGUGUGAACUCAACUAACAAAGUGGGGUGGUGGCGCAGUUGGCUAGCGCGUAGGUCUCAUAGCUACUGAGUGAUCCUGAGGUCGAGAGUUCGAGCCUCUCUCACCCCAUUUCUUUUACUUUUUAUGAACCAUUUCACUAAAAGCUCCAUUUGAUCAAAAAUAAAAAAUUAGAGCUUUUUCUUCAAUUCGUUUCUCUCUUUCUCUCUACACUGAGUUUAACUGAGCGAUUUGACCUAAAAAUCAGAUCUUUAUCAUUCGAUUUUUCCUCUGUUGAAAAAGGCGUGUAUUUGAUUGUUAGUGCGUUCGAUUAUAGAUGCUUCUGAGUUGGGGAACGCUUGCUGAUUCGGUUUUAGUUUUGCAUAUUUGGAUAAAGGGUGAUCUUUAGAUUCACUAGUUUAAGAUUCAAAGCUGUGAAAGAGUGAGUCUUUAGCUGAUUCAGACAUUGUGGUUUUAGAUCAGAAUUUGUGAGUUUUAUUUAGUCUGUUUGUGAGAUGGAUAGGUCUUGGAAUAGUGAUCAGUUAGGUGUGAAUAAGAUUGGGCAGAACAUAAAGAAGACUCCUUUACACCAACCCGAUUUCUCAUAUGGUAUUGGUAUCGCUUCGGCAAGGUCUCAACAACCGCAACCACAAGUUUAUAACAUAGUUGGUGAGAAUGGCUUUAGAAGUUUACCUCAGCCUCCUCAGAAUCCACUAAAGCCUCAGCAGAAGAAGAUUAGACCAGCGGCUCAAACACAGAUAAAUUGGCCCCGUGAUCCUCAUCCUUCUCGUGUUGUGGCACAACCAACUCAUGAGCUAGUUGUGAGACCACCACCAAUGCAACCUUAUAUGCAUCAGGGUUCACAACCAAUGACGGGUCAUGAAGAACAAUUGUUUUCCAAUACAGCUGAGUCCCCUGUCUCAGUGUAUAUGCGUUGUCUUCAAAGCUCACUAGGAGAUUCAGGACCUAAUGGAAACCAAAUGCAGUCAUCUCAUGAGUACCAUCAACCACCACAAACGCAUAUUCAUCACUCGCCACGGUUCAGUGGUGCUGCACGCGACAAGCCCAUUUUGCCUACUCCUCCUAGGUUCAACUGUCAGCAACAACAGAUAUAUAAUAAUAGUCUUCACACUCCAAGUCCAAGGUUCAACGGUCGUGGGAUAUUACCCACUCCUACAAGAGGCUCAACAUUCUCAUCCAUGGGUCAACUUGGAAUUCUUGGUCCGGGCUCUCUUCCUCAGCAUCCUGCAUCUUCUGGUCUUGUGUUCCCAUCAUCACCGUAUGGGCUUUUCCCAAACUCUAGUCCAAGAUAUAGAUAACUCUUAUUCAUUCUACUCUUUAGGUUAGUAGUGUCUUUGUACUAUGAAAAGGGUUGAAAUGACUAGAAAAUGGAACUUCAAUCAACUCGUUUUCGUCCUUAUUGUACACCAAUCCUCUUCUGCUUCACUACGACAUUGUACCACUACGUAGACUGUUAUGAGCCAAAGCCUUAGCCU